AUGGACCAUAUGGGAUUUGGAAUGGGACUUUGUUGUUUACAAAUGACUUUUCAGGCGGUAAAUGUUCAAGAAGCUCGUUGGCUUUAUGACCAACUCACAAUUAUUACUCCAGUUAUGGUUGCGUUGACUACUCCUAUUUUUCGUUCUUAUCUUUCUGACCUUGAUUCUCGUUGGGAUAUAAUUUCUGCUUCUGUUGAUGAUCGAACAAAUUUUGAACGUGGAAAAGAACCAUCAGAACUUGAUUCGACUGGAACAGCUCCUGAUGGAUAUAGUUUAUUCAAAAAUAUUCCAAAGAGCAGAUAUGACAGUACUGAUUGCUAUAUUUAUCCAUGUUCUGCGCCUUAUAAUGAUUUACCAUUACAAUAUCAACAAAAACAUUAUCAACAAUUAGUUGAUGGUGGGGUUGAUGAAUAUUUGGCAAGACAUUUUGCUCAUAUGUUUAUUCGUGAUCCUCUACAGGUUUUUAAAGAACGUAUUGAACAAGAUGACCAGAGAUCUACUGAACAUUUUGAAACAAUCCAAUCCUCUAAUUGGAUGAAUAUGCGAUUCAAGCCACCUCCUCCUGACGCGCCAGAAAUUGGAUGGCGUGUUGAGUUUCGUCCAACAGAGGUUCAAUUGACAAAUUUUGAAAAUGCUGCAUAUUGUUGUUUUUUAUUUCGCUCAAAAAUGGCCAACUGCCAACAUACGCCUGAAGGUAAGCCAUGUACAGAAGGACAGCCGCCAGCUGAACCAGAACCUGACUAUAAUACUACAGAAAUGACAAUAGAUGAAAUUGUUAACGGAAAUAGUCAAUUCUCUGGACUUGCACCUUUAAUUAGACAAUUUCUUGAUGGAGCUGAUGUUGAUGUUGAUACACGUUGUACAAUCAAUCAAUAUUUAUCGUUUAUACAAAAACGAGCAAAAGGAGAAAUUAUGACUACAGCUAGUUGGAUGCGAUCUUUUGUGCAAAAUCAUUCAGAUUAUAAGCAUAAUUCUUACGUCAGUGAUGAAAUUAUUUAUGAUCUUUUAAAGAAGAUGGAUGGUAUUUCACGUGGUGACGAACAUUGUGAGAAACUCCUUGGAUGUUAUAAAUCAAAAACAGAUCAACGAAUUCCACAAGCAGUGAGAUUAGCUGAGGAAAAAUUGACAAGAGAAUUGCGACGACAUCAAUAA